AGAAACGCUCACACUCUCCAAGCGUCAUUCUCAGUCGCGCGGCAUUUGGUGGAGCUGAGGAUCCAGACCGCCUUCCCUGCAUGGAGCUGGUCGGCACUUUUAAUUGACUUCAUGUUCCUCUUCAAAGCUCUUGAUGCAACUUUCGAUUUGCGUCGGUUUCUGCUGCUGCAACGGGACUGAUUUAUCCAGACUAUUUAUCCAGAGUCAAGGGGCACCGGGCUCCGGUGAUGCGGACAGAGCAUUGUGAUCCGAUAGCAACGCAGCUCAAACGGGACCGAGGGAAAACUUAUUUCAUGGAUUGAUUGGUGCUACAGUUUAUCUUUUUUUUCAAAGAAAAAUCUGAAGGAUUUGAAGGGUUUCGAACAUUGACGGAUUAUUUUAAAAAAAGCGUGGAUUUUCAGAAGGUGCGCCCCGGUAUUGGAGGAGUUGUAUUAGGACAUAAUUUUAGUUAAUCCUGGGUCAACGUUCACCUUUAUUAGGCGGACGAAUACUCCUCAAAUUCUGGAUUGCAAGUCAUCUUUCCUGCCCCUGAAGACACAAUGAAGUCCAUCACCAUGUGGAAUUACAUUCAUGUCCUUCUUCUGUUGUUAGAUCGGGCCGUGCCCUCCUGGGGGGGCUCCUCCUCCGGUGCGCCCGGCCUGGCUCUAUCCGGUCCGGGCGGGGACAACGCGGGGGUGCUGCUCAGCCCUGGCCCCCCCCCUCAGCCGCAGUGGGUGGACUGCGUGGAGGCCGCCGAAAUGUGCAACCAGAACCCCCACUGCAGCUCCCGCUACCGGGUGAUGCGGCAGUGCCUGGUCGGCAAGGAGAAGGACUCCAUGCUGGACACCAACCGGGAGUGCCGCGCGGCACUGGAGGUGCUGCUGCUCAGCCCGCUGUAUGAGUGCCGCUGCAAGAGGGGCAUGAAGAAGGAGCUGCAGUGUCUGCAGAGCUACUGGAGCAUCCACAUGGGACUCACUGAAGGUGGCGAGUUCUACGAGACGUCCCCUUACGAGCCCGUGGCCCCCGUCCGCACGCCGGACACCCUGCGCCUGGCCUCCAUUAUCUCAGGGAUGCACACGGCGGUGGCCCCCAGCCGCUUCCAGUGCCCGGACGCCGACAAGGACUGCAACCCCUGCCUGGACGCGGCCAAGGCCUGCAACUUCAACGCCGCCUGCAAGAAGCAGCGCUCGGCCUACAUCGCCACCUGCAACAGCUCCGGCAAGAGCGGCGGCGGCGGCGGCGGCGGCGGCGACGCGGCCAAGGGCGGCGAGACCUGCAACAGGAAGCGCUGCCACAAGGCGCUGCGUCAGUUCCUGGAGCGCGUGCCGCCCGAGUUCAGCCACCAGCUGCUGUUCUGCCCCUGCCUGCACGGGGGCUGCGCCGAGCGCCGGCGACAGACCAUCGUCCCCGACUGCUCCUUCAAGGACAGGGUGAAGCCCAACUGCCUGGAGCUGCGCCAAGUGUGCCGCCAAGACCCGCUCUGCAGGUGA